AUGCAGAGCUCUUUUAAACAGAAGGAAGCUCUAGCUGACAUCUUUGCUUAAGUCAAAAAUGUAGAUGAGCAAAUGUUUGGUGUCAUAUUAAAAAAAUUAAGAAAGGAAAAAGUUAAAGACUGCAUUGGAUAUCUUUCAGAUAAUGGGAAUCAAUCAUAAACCUUACAACAAGGAGAGAAUUUAAAACAACGUGACAAGGAAUAACAAUUGUCUGAUGUUAGAAAUGAUAUUAAGUAAAUUACUGAUGUUUUAAGAAAAUUAAAAGAUCAUGACUUCAAUUACAAGGACUUUUCCUCUGUAGAAAAUGAAGAAUCAACAUUAAAUCUAAUUAAUAGCAUCAAGCAUAAUAGAAGGAUCAUUGAUUUUCUGUAAUUUUUAGUUCACAUUACAUCCAUUGAUGAAACGUUAAUAUAGGGUGGGUCUAAUUCAUUACAUUUAUUAGUUUAGAUGAAGGUGGACCUUCGAAACAAAAAUUUUGAAAAUAUUAAGAUUUAAAAUACUUCUUUAGUAGGAGCAAAUUUAGCUAGGUGUAAUCUUAGUGAAUCCUAAUUUAAUAAUGUGGAUAUAAGUGGAAUAAAUCUGAAUGGAGCAUUGUUAUUUAAUUGUUAAUGGAGAGAGUUAAAAAUCCCUGAAUUAAAUAAAUUACAUGGUCAUAGUGAUUAUGUAAGAUCAGUUUGUUUCUCUUCUGACGAAAAUACAUUAGCUUCUGGUAGUGAUGAUAAGUCUAUCUGUCUAUGGGAUGUCAAAACAGGAUAAUAAAUAGCCAAAUUAGAUGGUCAUACUAGCACUGUCUACUCAGUCUGUUUCUCACCUGAUGGAACUACUUUAGCUUCUGGUAGUGAAGAUAACUCUAUUCGUCUUUGGGAUGUCAAAACAGGAUAAUCAAAAGCCAAAUUAGAUGGUCAUGAGCAUUAUGUUAUGUCAGUCUAUUUCUCUCCUGAUGGAACUACUUUAGCUUCUGGUAGUAAUGAUAAGUCUAUCCGUCUAUGGGAUGUCAAUACAGGAUAAUAAAAAGCCAAAUUAGAUGGUCAUACUAGCACUGUCAUAUCAGUCUGUUUCUCUCCUAAUGGAAAUACAUUAGCUUCAGGUAGUGGAGAUAACUCUAUCCGUCUUUGGGAUGUCAAAACAGGAUAAUAAAAAACCAAAUUAAAUGGUCAUGAGCAUUAUGUUAUGUCAGUCUGCUUCUCUCCUGAUGGAACUACAUUAGCUUCUGGUAGCUAUCAAGAAAUUCGUUUAUGGGAUGUCAAAAAAGAAUUAUAAAAAGCCAAAUUAGAUAGUCAUAGUAAUUAUAUUAACUCAGUCUGUUUCUCUCCGGAUGGAAAUACAUUAGCUUCUGGUAGCUAUCAAGAAAUUCGUUUAUGGGAUGUCAAAACAGGUGAAUAAAAAGCCAAAUUAGAUGGUCAUACAAGCACUGUCGUAUCAGUCUGUUUCUCUCCUGAUGGAACUACUUUAGCUUCUGGUAGCGUAGAUAACUCUAUCCGUCUUUGGGAUGUCAAAACAGGAUAAUAAAAUGACAAAUUAGAUGGUCAUGAGCAUUAUGUUAUGUCAGUCUGUUUCUCUCCUGAUGGAACUACUUUAGCUUCUGGUAGUGAUGAUAAGUCUAUCCGUCUCUGGGAUGUCAAUACAGGAUAAGAAAUUAAAUCUUGUGAUAAAAAUUACAAAGAUCUUUUAACAUAAUUUAAGAUUCCACUAUAGUAAAAUAGUCCUAUAUCAUAAGGUAGUAAAAUAAUUUAUAUUUUUAGUUUCCAAUUACAUCACUACACUCCUAAUAUCCUAAUAGGCUAUAUUCUAAGCAUAAGGAGCGCUUAUUUUGAAAGGAGAGUUUAUAAAUCAAUCAGGUAUAGAUUUAAAGACAUUGUUUAAACAAAAGGGCAGUUGUAUAUUGGAAAACCAAUUAGAUUGUAAACAAUAAUGA